AUGAUGGCGUCUCCAGAAGACAGGACCUGGACCUAUGGCGACGGUGCAGCCGGGACCUAUCUGUGCUCCACCGACCCUGGCCUGCUGCAACUGGACGCCCUGAACUCCGCGCUCGGCUCGGACAUGCUCUGGUGGGCUACGGCCCUGCCGGAGGACCGUUUGCAGACGAUGGUCGACAAUUGCAUAAUCAUCGGUAUCUAUUCGCUUGAGCCCGAGAAUUCGGGGCAGCCUAUUAAAGACCAGAAACGCACAAUGAUCGGAGCAGCAAGGCUCAUCACGGACCGCGUCACGUUCGGGUACCUGACGGACGUGUAUGUCCUCGCGGAGCAUCAGCAGAAGGGCUUGGGUACGUUCCUGAUGAAGUGCAUGAACGAGAUCGUGGAGGGUUGGCCGGAGCUGAGAGCUCUGUGGAUCCUCGCGAGCAGCCCCGAGAGUGAGAAGCUGUACGCCAAAAUUUUUGACGCUCAUGAUUUCUUCGCAACCAACAAAAACCCCAACUUGAAGCUUUUGGAGAAGAACGGCCCGGCCUCUAGUCACUGA